GUCUUUGUGUCUGAGAGCAGACAUGGCGCAGAAAGGAGUUGCUCUGGAUCAAGAAACCUUAAGCUGCUCCAUCUGUCUGGAUCUGCUGAAGGAUCCAGUGACGAUUCCCUGUGGACACAGCUACUGCAUGAAGUGCAUCCAGGAGUUCUGGGAUGAAGUGAAAAACACUCACAGCUGCCCUCAGUGUAAGAAGAGCUUCACACCGAGGCCUGCUCUAGAGAAAAACGUCAUUUUAGCAGCUUUACUGGAGCAGCUGAAGACGACUGGACUUCCUCUUGCUGAUCCCUGCUGUGCUGGACCUGGAGAUGUGUCCUGUGACAUCUGCUCUGGAGGAAAACUGAAAGCUGUCAAGUCCUGUUUGACCUGUCUGACCUCUUACUGUGAGAAACAUCUUCAGCCUCAUUUGGAUGUAGCUCCAUUAAAGAAACACAAGCUGGUGGAACCCUCCAAGAACCUGCAGGAGAACGUCUGCUCCCGUCAUGAUGAGGUGAUGAAGAUGUUCUGUCGCACUGAUCAGAAGUGCAUCUGUUACCUCUGCUCUGUGGAUGAACACGAGGGACAUAAAAUAGUCUCAGCUGCUGCAGAAAGAACCGAGAGGCAGAGAGAUCUGGAGGAGAGUCAGCAACAAAUCCAGCAGAGAAUCCAGGACCGAGAGAAGGAGGUGAAGCUGCUUCAACAGGAGGUGGAGGCCAUCAAUCACUCUGCUGAUCAAACCGUGAAGGUGACCGAGAAGAUCUUCACUGAGGUGAUCCAGCUCAUCCAGAAGAGAAGCUGUGAUGUGAAGCAGCAGAUCAGAUCGCAGCAGCAAACUGAAGUGAGACGAGUCAAAGACGUUCAGGAGAAGAUGGAGCAGGAGAUCACUGAGAUGAAGAGGAGAGACGCUGAGCUGAAGCAGCUCUCACUCACAGAGGAUCACAGCCAGUUUCUGCUCAGCUACUCCUCACUGCUACCACUCGGAGAGUCCAAACCAUCAUCCAGCAUCAACGCCCGUCCUCGGAGAUACUUCCAGGAUGUAACCACAGCCGUGUCUGCACUCAGAGAGAAGCUGCAGGACAUUCUGAGAGAGGGACGGAAAAACAUCGCACUGACAGUCACUUGUGUGGAUGUCUUACUGCCAGAACCAGAACCAAAGAGCAGAGCUGACUUCCUAAAAUAUUCCUGUCAAAUCACUCUAGAUCCAAACACAGCACACAGAUGUCUGAAACUGUCAAAGGAGAACAGAAAGGUGACAUUGAAGAAACAACCUCUGGCUCAUUCUGAUCCCUCAGACGGAUUUGUUACAUGGAUUCAGGUUCUGAGUAGAGAAAGUCUGACCGGACGCUGUUACUGGGAGGUGGAGGGAAAAGGAAUAUUCAUUGGUGCAGCCGUCACAUACAAGAACAUCAACAGAUCUGGGGAGGAAAGCAGAUUUGGUUUCAACGGCAAAUCUUGGGCAUUAUAUUCAUUACAAGAGAAUUUCUUAUUUUUCCACAACAGCAUCCAAACCUCCGUCUUAGCUGCUGGUUGCUCCAGACUAGGAGUGUACCUGGACCACAGAGCAGGUGUUCUGUCCUUCUACAGCGUCUCUGAAAGCCCGACUCUCCUCCACAGAGUCCAGACCACGUUCACCGAGCCGCUGCAUGCAGGAGUGUGGUUGGGAUUUGUUGGAGACACUGCAGAGUUCUGCAAACUCAAAUAGUCCACAAAAGAAGUGAAGAAUCUCUUUGAGAUCAUUUUUGAACUUGACUUCUGCGUAGUGUUUGAAAUCAGAAAUAAAAAGAACGUUUAAAA